AUGAAUAAAAUAUUUUAUAAAUCGUCUUCUUUGCGGGGAAAGACGAAUCUGUUAAGGCAAAUAACCUAUUACUCUACUGCAAAGCCCCGUCGAGUGAUAGCAAUCCGUAGAGAAGACCAAUCAGUAUGGGAGAGACGUGCACCUUUUGCUCCCUUGAACGUCAACCGCCUGGUGAGGCAGGGAGUCAAAGUUAUUGUACAACCUUCGAAUCGAAGGGCUUAUCCUAUGCAGUCAUACAUAAACGCGGGUGCAGUUGUUCAAGAAGACAUCAGCGAGGCAGGAGUCAUAUUUGGUGUGAAACAAGUGCCUGUAGAUCUCCUCAUACCGAACAAAACUUAUUGCUUCUUCUCACACACUAUUAAAGCUCAAGAGGCCAAUAUGCCCAUGCUGGAUGCUAUACUAGCGAAGAAUAUUCGGCUAAUAGACUAUGAGAAGUUAAUGGACGAUUCUGGAAACCGUGUAGUUGCUUUCGGUAAAUACGCUGGCGUCGCUGGAAUGAUCAAUAUUUUGCAUGGUUUGGGAUUGCGACUACUUGCCUUGGGACAUCACACACCAUUCAUGCAUGUCGGGCCAGCGCACAACUACCGUAGCUCAAGCAUGGCUCGCCAAGCGAUACGAGAUGCCGGCUACGAAGUGUCUUUGGGGAUGAUGCCGAAGUCAUUGGGACCACUUACUUUCGUCUUCACUGGUUCAGGAAAUGUGUCUCAAGGCAGUCAAGAAAUCUUUCAAGAGCUACCACACGAAUAUGUACCACCAGAGAUGCUUAGAAAAGUAGCUGAACAUGGAAGUCCCAACAAGAUUUAUGGAUGUGAGGUCCGUCGCCGUCACCACUUGGUGAGGAAGAAUGGUGGUGGGUACGACCCUCAAGAGUAUGAGGAGCAUCCUGAACGAUAUAUAUCCACUUUUGCUCAAAAGAUAGCGCCAUACACAUCAGUUUUAGUAAACUGUAUUUACUGGGCUGUGGACAGCCCCAAAUUAUUGACAAUACCUGAUGCGAAGCACCUUUUGCUUCCGACUCACACCCCCUGGCUGCCGACUAGUGUUGGUGCACCAGCUUUACCCCACAGAAUGCUGGCAAUUUGCGAUAUAUCGGCUGACCCGGGUGGUUCCAUAGAGUUUAUGAACGAAUGCACAACCAUCGAUACGCCUUUCUGUCUGUAUGAUGCUGAUAGGAACAAGGAUACCAAGAGUUUCAAAGGUCCUGGAGUUCUUGUAUGUUCCAUUGACAAUAUGCCUACACAAUUGCCGAGGGAGUCUACAGAUUUCUUUGGAGACUUGCUGUACCCUUAUGCUGAAGACAUUAUGAGCUCGGAUGCAUCUCGGCCAUUGGAGGAACAUAGUUUUUCACAAGUGGUACAAGGCGCAAUUAUCACAAGCAACGGUAGGCUAACGCCAUCGUUCGAAUAUAUCAACGAAUUGAGGAUGUCUAAUAACCGUUCCCGUCAUAAGGUGGAGGGCAAUGACCAACAAGCACCGAUAACAAUUUUGGGUAGCGGGCUUGUAUCCGCCCCGGUAGUUGAAUACCUCGCUAGAGACAAGAAUGUUGCAGUAACUAUUGCAUCCCAAUUCAAGGAGGAAGCAGACGCGCUAGCCGAGAAGUACGGCGUGCGGUCGGAGUACGUCCAAGCGAACGACGAGAGCGCGCUGCACGCGAUCGCGGGCAAGUCCCGCGUGGUGGUGUCGCUGCUGCCGUACGAGCUGCACGGCGCGGUGGCGCGCGCGUGCGUCGCUACCGGCGCGCACCUCGUCACCGCGUCCUACGUGCGCCCCGAGGUGCAGGAGCUGCAUGCCGCUGCCAAAGAUGCUGGUGUUACACUUCUCAAUGAAAUCGGUCUAGACCCAGGCAUCGACCAUCUCCUAGCCCUCGAAUGUAUCCACAACGUGCAGUCACAUGGCGGCAGAAUCGAUUCCUUCGUGUCAUAUUGUGGUGGUCUACCAGCACCAGAGUUCAGUGACAAUGCUUUGCGUUACAAAUUCUCUUGGAAUCCCCGCGGAGUCCUUCUCAACACCAUAUCAGCUGCUAAAUACCUUAGCAGAGGACAGAUUGUAGAAGUUCUAAGCGGCGGCGAGUUAAUGUCUGUAGCUCGUGAACUAGACUUCCUACCCGGUUUCGCUUUCGAAGGAUUCCCCAACAGAGACAGCACCAAAUACUCGUCUUUAUACGGCAUCGAAGAUGCGCACACUAUGUUCAGAGGAACUUUGAGAUACAAAGGUUUCGCAGAAACGAUCAAAGCUAUGCAAUUAUUCGGCUUCAUAGAUCCAAAUCCCCACCCUUCUCUCCAUCCUGAAGGACCUCAAAUUACUUGGCGCCAAUUUGCCUGCGAACUUCUCGGACUAAUGGACAGUUCGAUCUUCUACGAAAACUUGAAGACGCGGCUGGUGGAGAGAAUUGGAACAUCUGGGGCCCAAGCAAUCGAGUCCCUCGGCUUACUGAGCGAUGACAUCGUGGUCAAGUGUGGCUCUCCGUUGGAUACCAUCAGCCAUUACCUGAGCAAGCGUUUACGACUCGAAAAAGACGAAACGGACCUAGUGGUGCUCCGCCACGAGAUCGGCGUGACGUGGAGCGACGGGCGGCGCGAGCGGCGCGAGGUGACGCUGACGGCGCGCGGCGACGAGCAGCACACCGCCAUGGCGCGCACCGUCGGCCUGCCCACCGCCAUCGCCGCUAAGAUGGUGCUUGAUGGUGAAAUUCAAGAAAGAGGUGUAGUCUUACCAUUCGCGCCAGUUGUGUACAAAUCACUAUUAUCAAGACUUCGCUCUGACGGAAUUACUGCAAGGGAAGUGUCCCGACCCCUUAACUAAAAUUAUUCGAAUUGUAAAAAAAAAAUACGAAUUAAUACCCUUCAAAUAAUAACUGAAUAAUUGAGUUAUUUCUUAUUUGUAAUGUAGGUUAAUUUAUUAUUCUCACUUUAUAAAUAGAACUGACUUAGAGGAAUC